UGUCAUUUAUUACACUGCAUUGAACAGCUGUUGAAUAAAACAUUUUUACAGCAGGUUUUCUGUGGUCGCAUUUUCGAGUUUUUGUUUAAAGUUUUUAAAUUAAAAUGUUAAAAUUAAGCAAAUUCGUAGCACAAAAUGUGAAUAUCAGCAAUUUAGCUGGCAUACGUUUGCUGGGAGUUUCUGCUGUAAAGGCCUCAACAUCUACAAAUCCAGAUGAACCUGUUGACAUCAAGAAUCCCUUCGAAAAGGAACGUAAGGUGUGCCUAUUGUGUAAACAUGACAUAACGCCCGACUACAAGAAUGUUAAGCUUUUGUCACAAUUCCAAUCGCCAUACACCGGCCGCAUUUAUGGUCGCCACAUUACCGGAUUAUGUAAACAAAAGCAAACAGAGGUGGAGAAAGCCAUAAUAAGAGCCCAAAAUUGCGCCAUGAUGCCAACGUACCAUAAGGAUUUAGAUUUUAUGAAGGAUCCUAAAUUGUUUGAUCCCGAGAAGCCUAUCAGACCACACAAAUAUUAACUUAAUAUUUUGAAUAAAAUACAAUUUGUUUUUGUUUAAUAUUUAAUUAGA